AUGAAUGUGGGCCCGGAUUGGCUGCAUCGUCGACGACAUCGGCUGCUGCUUCGAUUUGACCUCACCGACAGUUGCGAGAUCAUGCGCCCCAUCCUUUUGUCUGGCCACGAGCGUUCGCUCAACCAGAUCAAGUACAACCGCGAGGGCGAUCUCCUCUUCUCAGUAUCAAAGGAUCAGGUCGUCAAUGCUUGGUUCUCACACAACGGAGAGAGGCUCGGAACGUACGAAGGGCACAACGGUACCGUCUGGUCCGUAGACGUGGAUGCGACGUCAACGCUCCUCGUCACUGGAUCGGCCGACAACACAUUGCGACUAUGGGAGGUGGCAACGGGCAAGGAGCUCUACCAGUGGGAGUUCCCGACUGCCAUCAAGAGGGUGGCAUGGUCUGAGGACUCUACCCAGAUUCUGGCCAUCACCGAGGCGCGAAUGGGAUACAAGGGAGCAUUGCGAACGUUUAACAUCAACCGCACAGAGGGAGAGUGGUCAAGACAGUCGAGGGACCCUGCGCGCACUAUUACCUUCUCGGGGCCCAAGGCGACGGUAGCGGCGUUUGCAGCCUGCGACGAGUACAUUGUGACGGGACACGAGGAUGGAAAGGUGGCCAUGUACUACCACGAUGCAAAGGAGCCAGAGACGGGCAUUGACUCGGAGCUCGAGGAGACGAGCGUGUCGGCGCACGAGGGUAUCAUCACCGAUAUUCAGAUGAGCAGAGAUAGGACCUACUGCAUCACGUCGGGCAAGGACAAGACGGCAAAGGUCAUUGGUCUGGACCCGCUUCAGGUGCUCAAGACCUUUGUCACCGAGACUCCCCUGAACAGCGCUGCCCUUCACCCUACUCGCCCCUACGUCAUCGUCGGGGGUGGUCAGGAAGCCAUGAACGUGACAACGACGUCAGCCCGCCAAGGUCGUUUCGAGGCCCGCUUCUGGCACAUUGUAUUUGAAGAGGAGGUGGCACGUAUCCCAGGUCACUUUGGUCCCUUGAACACCAUUGCCAUCUCGCCCAAUGGUCGAGGAUACGCGAGUGGUGGAGAGGACGGUUACGUUCGCAUGUAUGCCUUUGACGACACCUUCUUCCGUGCUCGCCCGUAUGGCAAUGAGCUCGAUGUAGGAGAGGGAGAGUUGUAG